CUAGGAGAAGAGGCGGAGCCAGCGGAGCGCUCGGUGGCGUCGCGCGCGGGACCGCCUUUGUCCGUCUGACUGACCGUCCUGAGGCGGCGGCGGCGGCUGCUGCUGCUCUGAGGGCGGGGAUGAUGCUGGCCGCGGGGAAGAAGGCCGCGGUGGAGACUCCGGUCGUCGUUGGCGGCGGGGGCGCAGGGGACGUGGCUGCCGAGGCCCCGGUCGCGCAGCCGCCGCCGCCGCCGCCACCCCCUCCUCCUCCCCCGCCGCCGCCGCCGCCCCUCUCCAGUUCUUUGGGCUCCUCAGAGGGCGGCGCGUCGGCCUCGGAACGGACGCCCCGCAAGAAGGAGCCGGCGCGCGCCUCUCCUCCGGGGGGCCUGUCCGACCCGCCGCCCAGCGGGCCCGCCGUGGGCUCCGAGACCACCGGCAUCGCCGAGACCCCCGAGGGCCGCCGGACCAGCCGUCGCAAGAGGGCCAAGGUGGAGUACAGGGAAAUGGACGAGAGUCUUGCUAACCUCUCUGAAGAUGAGUAUUAUUCUGAAGAAGAACGGAACGCUAAAGCGGAGAAAGAGAAAAAGCUCCCGCCUCCCCCUCCCCCUCCCCCUCCCCCACCUGAAGAAGAGAUUGAGAGUGAGCCAGAAGAGCCAUCUGGGCAAGCAGGAGGACUUCAAGACGACAGUUCUGGAGGGUAUGGAGACUGCCAAGCAUCAGGUGUAGAAGGAGCGGCUUUCCAGAGCAGACUUCCGCAUGACCGGAUGACAUCCCAAGAAGCAGCUUGUUUUCCGGAUAUUAUCAGUGGGCCCCAGCAGACUCAGAAGGUGUUUCUUUACAUCAGAAACCGGACGUUGCAACUUUGGUUGGACAAUCCGAAGAUUCAGUUGACAUUUGAGGCAACACUACAGCAGUUGGAAGCACCCUAUAAUAGUGACACUGUGCUAGUUCACCGAGUGCAUAGCUAUUUGGAGCGACAUGGCUUAAUCAAUUUUGGAAUCUACAAAAGAGUCAAGCCUCUACCAACUAAGAAGACAGGCAAGGUGAUCAUCAUUGGUUCUGGGGUAUCUGGCUUGGCAGCGGCUCGCCAACUGCAGAGUUUUGGCAUGGAUGUGACACUCCUAGAAGCAAGAGAUCGUGUAGGAGGAAGAGUAGCCACAUUUCGCAAAGGGAAUUAUGUCGCAGAUCUAGGAGCCAUGGUGGUAACAGGACUUGGUGGAAACCCAAUGGCCGUUGUGAGCAAGCAAGUCAACAUGGAAUUAGCCAAGAUCAAACAAAAGUGCCCACUUUAUGAAGCGAAUGGACAAGCGGUCCCAAAGGAGAAAGAUGAAAUGGUAGAGCAAGAGUUCAAUCGUUUAUUGGAAGCUACCUCAUAUCUGAGCCACCAACUAGAUUUCAACAUUCUUAAUAACAAGCCAGUCUCCCUGGGUCAGGCUCUAGAAGUUGUCAUACAACUACAAGAGAAGCAUGUGAAAGAUGAACAGAUCGAGCACUGGAAGAAAAUAGUGAAAACUCAGGAGGAACUGAAAGAUCUCCUCAAUAAGAUGGUGAAUUUAAAAGAGAAGAUAAAAGAACUCCAUCAGCAAUAUAAGGAAGCAUCUGAAGUCAAGCCACCUCGGGAUAUUACUGCAGAAUUCCUUGUGAAGAGUAAACACAGGGAUCUGACUGCUCUCUGCAAGGAGUACGACGAGUUGGCGGAAACGCAAGGGAAGCUGGAAGAGAAACUUCAAGAGCUAGAAGCCAAUCCUCCUAGUGAUGUUUACUUAUCCUCGAGAGACAGACAGAUUCUUGAUUGGCAUUUUGCAAAUCUAGAGUUUGCAAAUGCCACGCCGCUCUCUACCCUGUCUCUGAAGCACUGGGACCAGGAUGACGAUUUUGAAUUCACCGGCAGUCAUUUGACUGUGAGAAACGGCUACUCCUGCGUGCCAGUGGCUCUAGCCGAAGGGUUAGACAUUAAGCUAAACACGGCAGUUAGACAGGUUCGCUACACUGCUUCUGGAUGUGAAGUGAUAGCUGUCAACACUCGCUCCACCAGCCAGACCUUUAUUUAUAAGUGCGAUGCCGUUCUGUGUACCCUUCCCUUGGGGGUACUGAAGCAGCAGCCUCCUGCAGUCCAGUUUGUUCCUCCUCUUCCCGAGUGGAAGACAUCUGCUGUGCAGAGGAUGGGAUUUGGGAACCUUAACAAGGUUGUUCUCUGUUUUGAUCGGGUGUUUUGGGACCCAAGCGUCAAUUUGUUCGGUCACGUUGGCAGCACGACAGCCAGCAGAGGGGAGCUUUUCCUGUUCUGGAAUCUGUACAAAGCACCAAUUCUGCUGGCUUUGGUGGCAGGCGAAGCAGCUGGAAUCAUGGAAAACAUCAGCGACGACGUCAUUGUUGGGCGCUGCCUUGCCAUUCUCAAAGGCAUUUUCGGCAGCAGUGCUGUCCCCCAGCCAAAGGAGACGGUCGUGUCUCGCUGGCGGGCUGACCCUUGGGCCCGAGGGUCCUACUCCUACGUAGCAGCUGGAUCUUCAGGAAACGAUUACGACUUGAUGGCUCAGCCAAUCACUCCAGGACCAGCCAUUCCAGGAGCUCCUCAGCCAAUCCCUCGCUUGUUCUUUGCGGGAGAGCAUACGAUUCGCAACUACCCAGCAACGGUUCACGGUGCUCUGCUGAGCGGACUGAGGGAAGCCGGGCGCAUCGCAGAUCAGUUUCUUGGUGCUAUGUAUACUCUGCCUCGCCAAGCCACUCCGGGGCCUCCUGCUCAGCAGGCUCCUUCCAUGUAGACAAAAAGAAAGAAAGAGAAAAAGAUGCAAGCUGCCGGAAGCAGCUCAGCGGGCACAAGAAGCCUCAUAGGGGUACCCUUCCUGGUUUGUAGCACUGCCCAGGCACUCAUGCCCCCAGAAGGACCUUUUGGGCGCAGCCUCUGAGUAAGCACAGCUCAACUGCUAAGCCAGGCCUGGUCCCCUGAAGCGGUGCUGGACCCCCCUGGAAUAGAGGCCCGGGCUUUCUGGUGGGAUCUGUCUUGGUACUGAUGUGGUUCAGUUCAUUGUCUUCCCAAGGGUAUAGACCUCUUGUAACCUAGCUGCCGUUAGUGGCAAAAGGUUGUGGAUUUUAGAAAGCAAAAAAUAAAAGCUUUCUUUUUUUAAAAAAAA